GCCUUAUUGCAGUUCACUACGCCGCCGCUUACUUUUGUUCUAUUGGGGAAGGUGCAGUUUCCCUUCUCUAUGUGAUUUACAUGCGUGUACUUUCAUUUCGCUUUCGUCGUCGCUGUGUUAGGCUUGGUGGGUGCCUGCGGUUUAUCUAGCUCUCGUCGAGCAGGAUGGCCCUCUUCGGAUCGCUCAUGAGGGAUUUGGAGAGCGACCCCUUCUUCGGUCCAUUUGAAGGCAUGAGGCAGAUGGAGGCCAUGCUGGGCCCCAUGCUCGGAGCCUUCCCGGGACUCGGGGGCACACGGCGUUCGGCCAGCCUCGGGCUCUUCCCGACCGACAUGUUCUCCACUAUUGACUGCCUCUCUCAAGACCCGAAUUGCCACAGCUUCUCGUCAUCCUCGGUGAUGACGAUGACGACUGAUGAGAACGGGCGACCGCAGGUCUACCAGGCCAGCCAGUCGACUCGCGUGGCCCCGGGAGGGGUGAAGGAAACCCGCCGAUCACUGCAGGACAGUCGGUCAGGGCUGCAGGAACUGACCAUUGGCCACCAUCUGGAUGACCGUGCACACAUUGUGGGACGCAAGCGCAAUCGCCUGACGGGAGAGGAGGACCAAAGUGUGGAAUAUGUCAACCUGGAUGAGGAGGAAGCCGAGGGCUUCAGCCGCGAGUGGCAGCAGCGGGCACAGUGCAUGAGUCGGCCGCACUCCAUGUACGCUGCACUGCCCAGUCGAGCCCUGCCAGCCCUUCCUUCCACCAGUUCCCAGCAGCCACAGCAUCGGCCUAAGCGGAGGGCCAAGUCCAAGCAGCGACCGCGCCAUGAGACCAGCAUGUAAAGCGGCCUCCAUGGGGUGCUGUGGGCAUUCACGAGAGCAGACCUUCCUCUCAACCCAGAAAGCAUUAUUAGUAUUCUCCCCCUGCAUUAUAAUCCAUGCAGCCAUUGGUGAGCUACCAUAAAGAUUGUUAGCAUGCAGAUUACACUGGUUGUAACUGGCACAGGAGCUAAUAAAGUUGUGGUCUUUUUUUUGCA